GCUCAGUUACUACCAAACCCGUCCCGAGUAAGGUUGCAAAGAUGUCUCCAACAUUGGAAACUAUUAGCUAUAGUUCUGAAGAAACUAUGUCAAGAACGUAUCAAUAUAGAAAGAUUGUAAAGCCUCUCCUAGAGAGAAAGAGAAGAGCACGGAUUAAUGCCUGUCUUGAUGAACUCAAGGAUCUCAUGGUGUUCGCUCUGCAGACAGAGGGAGAAAGCAUCUCCAAGCUGGAGAAAGCUGACGUGUUGGAGUUGACUGUGAGACACUUGAGGAAGCUGAAGAGACAGCAGAUGUUGGCCUUGAACCCUGGACUUGAUCUGGAUAGAUUCCAUGCAGGAUAUACUGCCUGUGCUACUGAAGUAAGCAAAUGUCUUGCUUCUACCGGAGUAGAUAUUACAGUUGGAUCUCGUCUUAUGUCUCAUCUUGGUCAUAAACUAAACACAAUAGAAACCUCAAGAGUUUCUCCUUUGAGAGUAAGAGUUCCAUCCUCUCCCUCAUCAGACUGUGGAUACUCUUCAGGAAGAGAUUCAUCUCCUUCUCCGAGCAGUAUUAUUUCUCCUACUCCCCUACCUACACAGAUCAUCAAGACCGAACCUCACAGCCCUGUCUGGAGACCAUUUUAAACCUGAAUCUAUUUAUUGAACCCGUAUCUGUGAUAAUUUAAAGAAUUUAAAGUGCCUUCAAUAUAUUUGUCUCAUAACA